CGCUGUACUGAGGACUUUGAAAGGUAAACGGACUCUAAAACGAGGGAAAGGAGGAAACAGUACUGAGACGUUGAGAACAGAGGACUCGUAAAACUAUAGCGCGCCAUCAACAUCAGUGUUUAUCAUUAGUUUUUUAAAAUAAGAUCUUCUUACAAUUGCAAUUGGAGAAGGAAUAGCAGUUAUUCAACUAGUUAGUAAACUAGUUAUCCAUUUGACUGUUUUAUUGAAUUGUCUUCGCAUCGGCUUCAUACUGAAAGGGAUGCAUUUGUUGAGCAUGUCUACCAAAUGGCCAACCUACGACUCCCGCUCCUCCACCCCCAGCUUCCUCCUCAGUGAGAGCGACGUGACAGAGGACGAGGCAGACAUUGAUAUCUUCACCUCCGAAAGUGAGGGAGAUAGCUCAGGGGGUGGCAAGAACUGCUCAGUACCCUUCUCCCUGGCCAGGGGUGGCAAGGCAGCCCCUAGGUUACACUGGUCCAUGGCUGGGAGUGCAAAAGCGGAAUGCUUUCCCCACACCACCACCUACCCAUCCAUGGUGGCUUCCCCUGGCAGUGCUACGUUAAGCACAAAGGGAAGCACAGAGGAAAGCACAGAGGAGACCACGCAAGGAGACUUGGCCUUCGCUCAGAAAUGUUCAGAGCUGCAAAGGUUUAUCAGACCCCUGUUGGAGCUUCUGAAUGGACUCAAGACGGGGAGAUUUGAGAGAGGUCUUAGCAGUUUCCAGUCGAGCGUUGCCAUCGACAGACUCCAGAGGAUCCUGGGUAUUCUUCAGAAACCUGACAUGGGAAAAAAAUUCCUCCGCACCCUCCUGCAGGUAGAGAUGAUGCUGAAGAUGUGGUUCCCCCAUGUGACCCCUGUCGCUGCCACCCAGAACCCCACACCCAGUCUUCCUCCACGAUGGCACCAAAAUCAGCUGUGCAUGCCAGUCAAGAAGCGCAAGCUUAGCUGGUUGGACUCUGACUUCCCCAAUGCCGCCCCACCCAGCUGCAAGCGCCUGCAGUGCGAGGACAACUACCAGGAAAUGACCUCACGAAACUCUAGCCCUUUGAGCACAGAUACCUAUAACCCGUCAUGUCUGACUGUCAGCAGGAGAAGAAAGGGAAAUAAGAGGCUUGACAUUUCACCUUGCUCUGCAUGUGGUAGCCCAGCCACACAAGACAGCCGUGUCUCCUCCACCCUCCUGGUCUUUCACUCACAUCAGCUCUCCCUCCAUGGACAUCAGCCACGGAGGUGCCACAGCGGGCCUGGCACAGUGAAGAUAGAGACAGAUAUUACAUCAGUGGAAACCCAAAGGAGGAGUCAGUCUAUCCCCACAUUACGGAGGUCUAUUAAACAAGAGCCGGCGUGGAGGACAUAAAACUGAACUCUGAAGUCAUUGCACCUUUUGACCAUCUUUCGUCCACUUUUGUCUGUGUUGGAGAGUGAUUUAUUUUUUUUAAAACCGAAAUGUACUUGGGAAUAUUUUUUUAUGGUUGAUGUGAUAAAGCAGUGGUUUCAUUUUUCAA